AGUGAACUCCUGAAAAAUAUUAUUAUCAUAAUAUGUAACAUCUGUUAUCGAUGAUAAAAUUAAAUUGUAUUAGUUAGCCUUACACACAGUGAGUAAGAGACCUUUCUUGCAAACAUGCUGCUCUCCAUCCUGAUUUUCGAAAUUGCUGCUGUAGCGUUUGCCCUCGAUUGCCCUCCCCGAGAAACAGUAUACCCUUGCUCUUGCGCGGAAGAACAAGGUCACGCUGUAGUGAACUGUGAAGGCUUUAAUAGUAUGGAUGAGCUUGAACCUGUCGUGAAAAAUACAGUCGGCUAUAAAGUAACUUUUGCAAUCUUCAGGUCACAUUUAGGUGAUAUUCGUUCCGACUUUUUCAAAGGCCAUUCAUCUGUUAAGCUACGUUUUGAAAAUUGCAUCGUGAGAUCAUUUGGAGACAUACCCUUUAGCGGACUUGAGAACUCAUUAGAGACCUUAUACCUCUAUACAGCCAUUGAAAAGAGUCACACAGAAAUGGACAAAUUCAGGCUGAGUCGCAUGAAGAAGUUAAGAUAUAUUACAAUUGCUAACAAUGAUAUUGAGGAAGUAGGGAAUCACUGGUUUGAAGGAGGGCCUGCGUCUUUGGAACAAAUAGUUUUAUCUUCAAACAAAAUUGAAAGAAUCGGAGAAAAAGCUUUUGCUUCCCUAGUUAAUCUUCAGCUGCUGUAUCUCAAUGACAACAAAAUAAAAUCUGUGGCUAGAUCUAUGCUUCCAAAUCCAGCCAAAAUGCUUUGGUCUUUGAACGCCAAAUCAAACGAAAUUGAAGAAUUGCCAACAGAUGCAUUUGAAGGGUAUCCAAAUCUAAACACUGUGAACCUUUCGCAAAAUAGAUUAAAAUCCAUUCCAGAAAAUGUUUGGGGUAAAAUCUGGAGUCAGUUGCAAGCAGUGUAUAUGGAUGAUAAUGAUGUAGUUUGUGAUGAAAAUUUGAAGUGGAUCUACAAACAACAGUUACCUAAGAUAUUUGUGGGGAAAUGUGGACCAGGCAAUGCACUUCAUGAUAAAGAUUUCAAUUCAUUAAAAUUGGAAGAUUUUCAAUAAAAUAAAAUGAACUUUGAAA